CAAGUUUUAGUGAGGGAGUUGAAGAUGGCUGUGCAAGAACACAGCUUUCAGUGGCCUCCAAUUGGAGCUCCACUAAAUAACAUGCAGCAGCAGAGAGAUGAGCCUGUGAGUCCCUUUAAUUCUUCAGCCAAUGCGUUGUCAUUUGGUUUCGUAGCCACUGCUGUGCUCAUCUCCAUGUUCAUAGUCAUGGCCAUCUUUGAGAGAUUCCUCAGACCCUCUUCGCCGGAAUUUUCGCCGUCCGGCCGCCGGAGAAAUGGAGAUCUUGAGUCCCAGUUGGAGUUUAACGGAAAACUUGGUCACCCAUCACCCGAAAUGUCUGUGUAUGCAAGUGGAGUUUCUGUUUUAAUGCCUGGAGAUGAUAUUCCAUCCUACAUUGCACACCCAGUGCCGGUGCCCUGCCCUCCCGAACGCAUGUUUUGGCCUCCACAUCAACACAUGUCAUUGCCUAGUCACACUGCCAACUCGAACCAGAGCUCAGGUUGAUAGUUCAUGUACUAAAACAAGAAAUAUCUGCCUUUUCCAUACCUAAUGUAAUUCACCAUCAUGAAUUGAAGCAGCAGAGGCAAGUCAUGCAACCGCAUUUCUGGUUCUGCACCAACAUCAAUUGCCCAAUUUUUGAAGGCACGAGCUCUUGUU